ACCACUACCACUGCUCCACCCACCACACCUGAAACAACUACCACUGCUGUAUCCACCACACCUGAAACAACUACCACUGCUCCACCAGCCACGCCUAACACAACUACCUCAGCUUCAACUGGUGAUGCACCCUUUGUCACAACUCCAUUGACAACAACAACUACAACUGCUCCACCCACCACACCUGAAACAACUACCACUGCUCCACCCACCACAAUGAAUACAACUACCCCAGCUUCAACUGGUGAUGCAGCGUUUGUCACAACUCCAUUGACAACAACAAAAACCACUAGCACUGCUCCACCCACCACACCUGAAACCACUACCACUGCUCCACCCACCUCACCUGAAACAACUAUCCCGGCUUCAACCAGUGAUGCAGCGUUUGUCACAACUCCAUUGACAACAACCACUGCUGCACCCACCACACCUGAAACCACUACCACUGCUGCAUCCACCACACCUGAAAGAACUACCACUGCUCCACCCACCUCACCUGAAACAACUAUCCUGGCUUCAACUGGUGAUGCCCCCUUUGUCACAACUCCAUUGACAACAACACCUACCACUACUCCACCCACUACACCGGAUACAACUACCCCGGCUUCAACUAGUGAUGCAGCGUUUGUCACAAGUCUAUUGACAACUACCACUGCUCCACCCACCACACCUGAAACCACUACCACUGCCGCAUCCACCACACCUGAAACAACUACCACUGCUCCACCAGCCACGCCUGACACAACUGCCCCAGCUUCAACUGGUGAUGCACCCUUUGUCACAACUCCAUUGACAACAACAACUACCACUGCUCCACCCACAACACUGGAUACAACUAACACUAUUCCACACACCACGCCUGAAACAACUACCACUGCUCCACCCACCUCACCUGAUAAAAAUACCACUGCUCCACCCACCUCACCUGAAACAACUACCCCGGCUUUAACCAGUGAUGCACCAUUUGUCACCACUCUAUUGACAACAACAAUAACUGCUCCACCCACCACACCAGAUACAAAUACCACUGCUCCACCCACCACACCUGAAACCACUACCACUGCUGCAUCCACCACACCUGAAACAACUACCACUGCUCCACCAGCCAUGCCUGACACAACUACGUCAGCUUCAACUGCUGAUGCAGCGUUUGUCACAACUCCAUUGACAACAACAACUACCACUGCUUCACCCACCACAACGGAUACAACUACCCCAGCUUCGACCAGUGAUGCACCAUUUGUCACAACUCCAGUGUCAACAACAAACACAUCUCCAGCAACCACAGCUGCAGGACCGACUAACACAACAGCUCAAGUAAUACAAUCACUGGCACACCUGGAGCUAAAGCUCACGUCCAUUGGAUUGAUCAGCAAUGUGACCAUCAUUGGCUACAUAAAUCAGUUUAUCCAGUCUCACCUUCCGAGUGGAACACCCUUCACUCUGAAUGUGACAAAGUUUCAAAUACUGUAGCUUGACCACACAUGGACCUGCAAACAUACAUCCCACUAUUAUCUGCUGCACUGUCAUAAUAGUGACACAACCCUUGGUGAGAAUCUCGUACUUUACCAAGUUUGUGAUUACUGUACCCACAUCAGGGAAUAACCUACAAGGACUGUUGGGUAAUUCUUGCUACUUUAAAAUAUUUUACUAUAAUGUAUUAGUGAGAAGAAAGCCACAACUACUACUACAACUGAAACACCAACAUGUACUACCACAACUGAAUCAAUGACAACUACAAGUGAAUCACAAACAACCACAAGUGAAUCACAAACAACCACAACUGAAUCACCAACUAGUACUAAUACAACUGGAAUGCCAACUACUACUUCUACAAAUGAAUCACCAACAACCACAACUUAAUCACCAACUACUACUACUACUACAACUGAAACCCCAACUACUACUACAAUUGAAUCACCAACAACUACAACGGAACCACCACCAACCACAACUGAAUCACCAACAACUACUACUACAACUGAAACACCAACAACCACCACAGAAUCAUUACCAAUCACAUUUAAACCACUAUCAGCAAGUACUAUUGAAACACCAAUCACUACAACCACAAGUGAAACCCCACCAAUUACCACAAGCACAACUGAAUCACCAAACACCACUACUACAGAAACACAACUACAAUCACAAAGGAAGCACCACCAAUCACAACAACUGACGCACCUACGACCUCAACAACUUGAACCACAACAUCUGAAGCACCAAAAAGUACGACUGAAGCACUGACAACUCCAGUCAACAAACGAUCACACAAUAACCACUAAUUACUUUUUAAGUACAAAAAAUUAUAGCAGAAACAGUAACUGCAACAACAGCUGAAUAAAACACAAACACCUACAAUAGAAGUCCCAAGAAAUACAUAUAGCCAUCAACAACUACAAUCACAAGAAAUGCAUCAAGAAACAGAUUUAAAUCAAUACAUCAGAUCCACUGCAGAACAAAGCUUUUUAAUUGUUGUAAUUGUCUUUCAAUACAUUUUAAUGAUCAGGUUUUUGGGAAUUUGUUGCUUUCGCCAUCUGGGGUUAGCAAAGGACCACGGUGAGAAAUUCACAAGGCAACCCCUGUAUACUGCAUGUACAUGUUGCUAUACAGUGUAGUGUAGUGUAAGGGGGAUGGGAAUGAGAUGCACCUGGAGGCUGAACGGAGAAGUACAGGGUUUAUUUGCACUAGUUCAGGUAAUAAAUUCAAUCAUUACUCUUGAUAAUAAUUAUUGGGUAAAUGGAAAGACAAAGAUUUUGUGACAGAACAUGAUUCACCAUAACUGUGAAAACAUUGAAGAGCGUGACGCACAGACAGUGAAGAAGGAAUUCAUGCAGGCAGCGGUUCAGCAUUCUUUGUUGAGUUGUAUCAGCUGCACUUAACAAAUGUAAAAAGGUACAGCAACUGUUUUUUAAUCACCAGGAGGACCAGGGCUGCUUUUUAGUCAGACGACAUUGUGCUUUCAUGUACUACUAAUUUCAUGCCGGGCACAGAACAUGAAGACACUGAAGCGAGGCCACGGCAACUCUGCGUGGUUAUGUCUUAAAGGUUGCAGUAUGAAGCCAAGAAGAGGAUGAUGAUGAUGGAGAUGUUGUGCCCCGCAGAGUUUAGGAAGUGUUUCUGUUCUUACUGUGGAUGUAAAUUUACAAUUCAGAUUAAAAUCAUGCUCUUCUAGUGGUGGAAGAUAAUGUGAACUAUAAGAAACUGGUUUGAUGGCAUCCUUGAGGGCUUUCAGUUGCAGUUUGAGUUUGUGAUGACAUUUAAAGAAAAGGUGAACUGGUGAUGAGUCACUAUGUUACCAGUGACAGACUUACCUCAUUCUAAAUUCAGAUAGUGUUACAAAGACCAAAGCAGUUUAAAUACCAGGAAGAGCCACUUAGAGAUAUCAUUGAUUUUAAGUUUCUGUUUAUAAUUUAUUGCUUCCUCUUUGACCUGCUGAGUGCUCUUUCAUCUUUAUGUUAAACUAACUUUUGAUGGGUGUAUAUUUAAAUGCUAUUCAAUUUAUCCAUACCAAAAGAUACAACUCAAAGUAUCACAGAAACUAAGUCUCAAGACAAAGUUCAAACAGCCUGAGAGUCAUAAAGUAGGAUAGAUAACAUUUUUAAACCAGUGUUAUGUGAUUAAUUCACCAUAUGUAAACUGGACUUACUUGUAGACAUGCCUGGUUUUUCAGGUUAUAUAAAGCAGCUUGAACAAUAUGGCAGCAGGUUAGGGGAUUUUACCAAUCAAACAACUACAGUCCAUAUUGUGAAGAUGCAGAUUGUUAGGUGACACACAUUUGAAAUUGAACUAAGGACCACAAAUGUUUUAAAUGUAAUUGAGUAUAGUUUUACUCUAUGACUUAUCUGAGACUUCACUUUUUGUGUUCCAAGGUCUGUGAAACAGAGGGUGGUAAAUUCUCAUGUUCCCCAGCAGCACACACAACCUGAAAUACAUAGAUAAAAGCACAAGUACAAAUAGAUAAAUAGAUAAAUGUAAUACAGUACAAACCCAGAAACAAAAAAUCAGGAUAAUGCUAAUGCUGUAACAAAAGAGUAAAUACCAUCUUAAAGUAUGUGUCCAAUAAAAUCAACCACAAAGAAAACACUGGGCAGGCUGUAAACACCAGUAUCUGCUCGCUGAGAAGAAAAACAAAAUACAGCGGCAAAAAUUAACACAGUACAACAAUAUACAGGUGGAUGGAGUGAGUAUUAGUGAGUUAAGAUGAACAUUUGGUGCCGUUCAGACAAGGUGCAGCUUUCAGAAAGGCAAUGCCAUGUUCUUGAGUAUUCAGUUCAGCUGUAUUUAGUCCAUAAGCUGAACUGGUCUUUCUGGAUUCCAGGACUGCAGCACACACAAUCACAAGAAAGGAGACGUACAGUAUACUGUAAAUACCAGCAUUUCUAAAAUAUUCAUAAACAGCUGGAACGCACACAAACACGCCUUCACUACUGUUUUCACUUUCUAAAGACUGGAUAAAAACAUGCUUGUCAUUCAUUAGUUCAAUGCUGCAGAUUCAGCAAAGUCUGGGAAAAACAAUAACAUCAGAUUUGUUCCACGUUUGAAGACAUUCAAAGAUGCAGAAUAAUAAUGACAAAUGUAAAUUUAAAGAGGAAGUACUGUAUCUACAAUGAACAAAACUCAUGCCAUCAGACAUGCAAUCAUCCAAAUGAUCUAUGAUCUAAUGAAGUACCAUUAAAUAAAACCUGGCUUUGCAAAGGGUGACUCCAAGAACAGUUCUAGCUCUAAACAAACAACUGAACCAGGAGCCUCAUGUAAUGUUGCUUGAAGUAAGCAGUUGGUCAAGAAAGUUCCUCUAACCAAUACCUGAUGACUGGUUCACUGCCUAAAGCUAGUGAACAUUCUAGCAAUGAAAGGAUCAACAUACCGUUCUGAAAAGUGCAAAGCGCUACCGUACAGUAACAGACAGAGACACAAGUACUGUACAAGUGAACGCAAACGUAAUGAUGGGAUCUUAAAAUAAACAAGACCUUUCUGCAAGUUAAAUCUCCUGUUGAGUUUAUGCAGAUUAACAUUCAAGAGUUCUUUAAUUAGAUGUUCUGUUAUAGGAGGACACGUUCACUUUAGAUCGCUCUGAAAGAAGCACAUUUUUCUGUUGUAAACAGUCCUUGUAUUUUUUAAUCAAUUCUUAAAAUGAACUUUAUUCAACAUUCGGUUUAAAUAUAUAGAAAUAAAUAAACGUUCCGGAGAUAUAUAAAAUAAAACCUUUAAAAAUUAACUGUGAAAUCAUUAAAACUUUCAACAUGUAAAAAAAAAAA